AUGCAAUGCGGUAUGGUACCGAUGCGAUAUGCACGCUCGCUCCAAAAGCUAAAGGCAAGCUAGGCUAGCCAGCUAGGCAAGCUCCAGCGGCGCGCGCGGCCACUGCACUGCACUAGACGUACCGCUACUGUAUACUGCUAUGCUAGCUACACGUAGACUUGCAGUCUGUAGCUUCCAGCGCUGUCAUGACUGUGCCUGUGAUCAGCUAGACAGGAGCCGGGGACAGGAGUCGUUUCUGGGGAUUUAUUUAACAAUUUCUGACAUUUUACUAUCAUCCCAAUAUUGAGCAUCUAGAUAGAAGGAAGAAUGUACUGAACAGUGUUUGGUUGAAAUGUCAAUGUUUUAAUCCAGGACUCCACGUUAUUGAGGCGAGAACUCUGAACAAACUGAAGCCACGCAUGAUUCAUGAAGCCUGUUCGUGACAAGAAGAAAAUCAUGUCAAACCCACUACGAAGAAAAAAGAGUAAAGGGGAAAAGUGUGUAUCAGAUCCUAAUUUGGUUGAGGUAUGUGAUCUCAAAGAGAAAACAGACAAGGUAAAAAGAUCCAUGCCUGAAAAGUCGGGCUUUAUCAGAGAAGUGCAUACUCCUUUGGGUGCUCCAUCUGCAAAGAGGCGUCGACAGGAGGGUAGGAGUACUCAAGGUAUCUCAGCCUUGGUCCUGACCCCAGCUGCAGCAACUAAGCAAGAUACCCAGGUGACAGUCAUCAAUACAUCAUUUCAAGAAGAUUAUAGUACUCUAUCUGGGAGCAGCAGUUCCAUCUUGGAUACAUUGCCAGUAACCAUUCCCCACAUAGAUUCUUCAAGAGCUCCAACAACUUCAGAAGAUUCAUUUGACAGCACAUCAUCAAAGAAUGAGCUACUGUCAUCAUCAUGGUCUUCAAUAUCCAAUGAUGAAGGAGGAGGUGACUUUAGUGAUGGACUGACUACUCCUCCAGUAGAAUCCUUUCAAGGAGCAAAUAGUAAUCUUGGUGAGGACUACAGAUUAGUGUCUCUGGAGACUGGGUCAUCAUAUCUUCUUCUUUUGCAAAGAGACACCCGAAUACCUGUCAGAGGACUUGCUCAAAUCUCUUGCCUCUAUGGAGCAGUUAUCAUCCAUGGUUAUAAGAUAAAACAACAGACCCCUAACCAAAGCAUUGCAACUGUCUUCUGUCCUGUCAAUGUCAGUGCAAAGUGUCUUGAGAUUGGCCACUCAGAGAGGAGAGAACUAGAGCAGAAAGAGAAGAAUGCAUUGCUACAAUCUAUUUCUGCUCUGCAGCCAUGUUCCAUGACAGCGCAGGAGGUACUUUCAGAGAUGAGUGAUAUGUCUACCUUGGUAUUAGUGUCCAAAUUGAAUCAUCAGCCAAGCAGCUUCAUCACAAGUCAUAUGACAUAUAAGAAUCUAUACAGCGGAGGUAGUGCUAAAAAGAUGCUGCAGAAGUCUGAGAUUGCUGUUUGUGAUAAGGUUGGAUUAUUCAUUAAUCCAGGGACAGUCCAUUAUCAGAAUGUGAUUCAGCUUCACCCAGACUAUGACUCCGCAGCUCAGAUAUUGCUUGAGGCUAUACAGAGUGAUAGCAGCAACUCUCCUAGAGUCAUGUUUGUAGGGCCAAAAAACUCUGGCAAGUCCACAGCUCUACGAUACCUGGCUAACAGACUGCUCUCUGUUUCACAAAAUGUAGGUUACCUGGAAUGUGACCCUGGUCAAUGUGAAUUCACCACACCUGCAAUUUUAUCCCUUCAUAUCAUCAAGGAAGCAUUAUUAGGACCACCAUUCACUCAUGUCCAGAGUGCAGAGAAGGCAUACUUCCUUGGAGAUGUGAAUGUCGAUGAUCAUGCUGAGAACUAUGUCAAGAUGAUUACUGCCCUCUACAGGCAAUAUUCUGACCAAUUAUCUCAUCUGCCAUUGUUUAUCAAUACUAUGGGAUGGGUUGAAGGUCUUGGACUGAGACUUCUUGGUGAGGUAGCCCGCAUCACUCAACCUACCCAUAUCAUCUGUCUUGGGUCACCUGAUGAGAGAUUAGUAGCCCUCUUCAACCAGAAUGAAGGAAAGAAUCUAAGUUACUUCAGUGUACCUUCUGUGACAGGGCAACCUCUCCUUCCUCCAAAGCAGUUCUUGAGAAUAGAAGCAAAAUGUCAAACAGACAGCUACCAAGCAUCUUCCCAAAGAGAGCUGAAUCUCCUAGCAGCCUUCAGUAAACUCCUUCCUCCCAAUUUAGAAGGAAAGCGCUUAACGGAUAUACGCCCACAUGUAGUGCCAUGGAGCCAUGUUGUUCUCCAUAUUUGCCAUAUGACUGUACCAGCUAACCAGAUCUUAUAUGCUGCUAAUGCUAGUGUAGUAGCACUGUGCACCACAAGCAAAGAGGAGCUGGAUAGAUGUCAUGUAGAGAAAGGCAGUGAAGGACUAAGAACUCUCAAGUCUACUCCAAUCAGUGAAUGUCUUGGAAUAGGAAUAAUUAGGGGUAUUGACCCUCAGAAGAAAGCAUUCUAUAUUUUGCCUGCCUUGGAGCCUAAUCUUCUACCAAAGGUCAACACUCUACUUGUAGGUUCACCUUUCAUCCCAGAAUGUGUCUUUGAUCAGCAAUUCAGUACUAAAGGAGCACCCUAUUUGAGUGAAAGCUUUGAUACCAAUGUUCCUGGAUCCCUUCCCAUUAAUCCAAAGACUUAUCUAAGGAGAGGACCUGGAGGAAAGCCACAAAAGACAUGAUAUUUCAUCUAUUUGUUAAUUAUUGAAGGCAUAGGCUAACAUUACAAAGGCCUUAUUAAAAACAAAAUUCUGAAUGUUGAUUGCUCUUGUUAUGGAUUAAAAAAAAUUCUUGGAGACACUAUCAUGAUAUCUUUGUUUGAAAAAUUAUCUUUUAAUUAAUAUAACUCAUGGGAAUAAAUUAAGAUGGUGUUUCUGGUCACUUUAUAUUUCACUUUUUUGAUGCUCGAAAUGCUGUUUUUACAGACACAUGUGAUAAUGGGACCUUGCAGCACGUAUAUCAAAUCAAUGUUACCCUCUGCCGUUAAUUUAUGACUCUUGCAUCGUUUGAAAGGAUGCAUUAGAGUAGUCAAGAUUUAACAUUAUCAUUUCAUUUUUUAUGCCAUUCCAAUCAUUUGUAAGGUACAUUUCUUAUUAGUCAAGAAAUACUAGAGUCGACAUCUUUCUUGAAGAUGGAUGCUUGUAGUAUAUGAAGUUUAAGUCAAUGAAUUUAUAUGAAAGAUUAAUUUAGGAAGCUAAUUUUCAGGCAAAUACCUGAAUUCAUGCCUGUUAAUAUAAUUUUAGACCAUAGAAAAGCUUUUUGUGUAUCAAAUUCCUUUGUUUUAAGUGAUUUUCUGCUGUUCAAUUAAUUUCAAGUGCUUCUUUCAACAAUAAAAAAAGGGGAAGCAUUAAAAAGAUUCUUGAAUUAGAAGUGUUACAGGAUAUUAAAGCAAAUAAGAAGCAGAGGCUUUAAGAGAUCCAGAUCAAAUGAUAGAUUAGAGGGGCAGCGGUUGUGUAAUAACAAUUGCUUGCCCCUUCAAUUCUUUGUAAAUUCUUAAACUUGUGAUGCUUCUGACAAAGAUUGGCGUAUUGUGAAAGGUUGCACUGAAGAGAAGCAUAUCUAAACUUCCAUCUUUCUCAUUUGUGCAUUAUACUUUAUUGAAAACAUAUUUUGGAUGUCAAAAUCAAUUGUUACAAUUUUGAGAUUAAAAGGCUCAUUCUGAUAUAUAUAAUAUAGCACACAUAUACACAUGAACAAUAGAUAUUGAACUGAAAAGUCAUGUAUGAAAUCAUCAUGAACAUACAAUAUUAUUAGAUUGUUUACGCGAUCAAUUCUAGUUUAUAAGUACCAUUUCGAAAUUCUCAUAUUUUAAUAUACAUGGGGUAUUUUAAAGUAGUGAAAAAUAUUUGAAAAUAUUUUUAUUUUUUUUUUUUAUUUGACUUUAAACUCUCAAGAUAUUUGAAAACUAUAUCAUUUGUUUAAAUAUCAGCUGUCACAACAGCAGUUUCUAUUUGCUUGUUUAAUUUUAGAAAGAACCAAUUUGGUUACUUAUUAAAUAUUGUAAACAGAUAAGUUACAAUAUUUAAACAAAAAUAAUAAAAAUCUUACCCAGUUCCUUCAAUUAGCUCAAUAUUUUGGCUAGCCAAAAGAUAAUUAAGCUGGCCCAAAUCACCCCAACAAAAAGUGCAGCUUUGCAAAGAGACAUGCAUACAUGGUCCUGGAUUUUUGCCAAAAAAAUGCAAAAUGCUUUCUGUGAAUUUUAGCCAUCUUGAAGGCUGGAAUAGUAGUGUAAAUGUUUCAAAUUGAAAUACAAGUAAAUUUGUGUCAGUUGGUCUUUUACAAGUUGAAUAUAUGCCAAACUCAAACAAAUUUUAGACCAGGGGCCUGUUUCAUAAAGACAAAUUGUCAUUAUUGUAACUUUAAUGGAAAUCUUUUGAUUGGCUGGUGAGUUUUGUUAUAGAAAAUGUCAUUGUUGUAACUCUAUAUGAAAAGGGCCCCUGAGUAUGUAAAACAUGUUUUAUACACCUCUUAUAGCUUGAACAGAUAUCUGUGAUCCCAAAGGCUUUGACGUAGACAAAGUUAUCUGUAUUUUCUUCACAUAGUGAAAACCUGAAUCAAUGUAUAAAAAUUGUAUUUAAUGAUAACCUUGAUUGAUUUCAUUGAAUAAGCUGUUUAAAAUUUUCUCUCCUGAUGACAAUACAUUCUCAAAUCUCUGUUAUCUUACAAGUUUCAUUCAAGUUUAUAUCAAUUUAAGGGUUAUGGAGUUCUCGUAAAACCAACCUUUUGCCUAUCUUAUCUUCACUUGAAUUUUUAUUGUUUUAAUGUUACAUUGUCUUUUUAAGUCUGAUCAACGAAGCUCUCCAAAUUUGUAUCAUCAAACAUUUCUUGCAGUUAUUAGUCACUGAAUUGUUUUGAUUUGAUUUAAAUGAGAAUUUCUGACCUGGGCCCCGUCUUACAAAGAGUUACAAUUGAUGUGAUCAACCUCAACUAUAUGGAAAUCCAUCAGUGUCAGAAUCAUAUCUAGAAAAUAUUUUGAACAUAUAUCCAUUUUAGAUGUUGACGUUACUGGCUUUCCAUAGUUGUGGUUGAUGGAAUAAGUCGUAACUCUUUGUUAGACGGGCCCUGUUGUAUAUAUUUACAACGUAUCAAGUUAACCCUAUCAAGGCCAGGGUAUUUUGGGAGAUCAUAAGGCUCGAGGGGGGGCCUCUCAAAAUUCUUUAUUAAUUUAAUUCAUGCAAAUUGCUAUUAAUUGAUUAUGCUAAUUUAUGCAUAAUUAGUAUGCAAAAUCAUACUUUUUCCUCAAACUCCCUAACUAAACCUCAAAUGUGCUCAUUUUGGGUGUAGAAACACUUUGUGGUGUUCUUUGGAAAUGUACAUGAAAAAAUUGCGAACCUGUAUUAUGUAUUAUAUUGUUUUUUGGCAACGUCUUAUGUAUUUUUCAUUUUUCGGGACCUUUUGUUUUUCAAUGUUUUUUCAAUGAACUUUGUCGUGGACUUUUUUAGAUCAAACAAUCUAAAAUAAAUUCAUUUAGACCAGCAAAACAAAGAAUAAUGAUACAUUUAUGAUUUUUGGUUGAAAACAUAAUUUACAUUGACUUUGUACUCAAAAUCAUGUUUUUGAGCAAUUUUUGGUCUGACAUGCACAAAAUGUUGCGUAAUUUUGGUACUGCGUACCCAGGCGUCGCAAAUUUGGUCUCAAAAGAUGCAUAAGACUUUACAGUAAAACCUCAGCGAGUGGUGCGGUCAAAAAAAUUUGCACGGCAAAAAUAUUACACAUUACCAUUGAGGGGGCUAAGCCAAUUGUAACCAUUUAUGGAAUAACAGAAGAAAUAUUUAUUACUAACUUUAUAGAUAUUGGUCAAAUCUCAGCCAAGUAGGCAAACAUAUAUAUAUUUUUCAUAUCCUACAUAGAUUAAAUCCUGUAUAGUGAUUGGUUCAAAUAGCAUCAUGUGACCAUAUAUAUUUCAACUAUGAUGUUGCGUGACUUCAGACCUCAAUAUAUUUUUCACUAUUCCAAUAUUCUGACGUCAUUCAGAAAACUGGAUAUUAUGCUAAACUCUCAGGUGCACUGGUCGCACCCAGGGGGGGGGGAGAAAGGGGGCCAUUCCAUUGACGAGUGGAUACCAAGCGCGACCAUGGGGUCUUGAAAAGCACCCUAAACACAUAUUCUGAAAAUGCACACCUUAACAAGUAUUGGCGUGUGAUGAAACCCUACCCUUAACAAGUAUUGGAAACAAAACGAUACUCUUGAACCCCUGAACAAGUACAGCAAUAUUUUAAUUGAGGUCAUGGACGUCUGUCGUCGGUUUCACCUUUACCUACAUCGUUGGGUUUAGUACAGCCCCAUAUCGCACCUCCCACACCUCGCGCAUAUCGUACUCUAAACACAUAGUGUUGACUCUUGGGGCAAAAAGUACAUCCUUUAUUAUAAAACAAUUUAGUCUUAAUUUUUAUACCAUCGCAAAUUUGACCCUUAACACGUAGCUUCCUAGCGAAAAUAGAUACCCUUUUUUCAUUAUUUCAGUGUUUUUGACACCCUUAUUAUGUUACGUAUGUAACGUGCCCUAUCUUGAAAAAAACAUCCUUUUUACGUGUCUUUUUGGUCGUGCAUGGUAUCCACUUGUCAAUGUAAGUGCCCCCCCCCCCCCCCCCCCCCCCCGGUAGGAUAUAAAACAAAUAUAUCAGGCGUUUCCUUCGAAAGCAUAGUGGGAAUUAUUAAUCCUCGGACUGGCAAAACGACUAUUGCCAGACCAACCUCAUAUAAAUAAUUCCAUUUUGCUUUUUCAAAGCCUGAUAUAUUUGUUUAUUCUCUAGAUGCCUUAAUGGUUUUGUUUUCACCAUUGGUUAAGUGGAGUUUCGUUUACAAAGCCAACCUGAAAUGGGGCUCAUUAGACAAAUAUUAUCAUGACAUAAAUGAGAAAGUAACUAUCCAAUUAACCUUUUUCAUGGGUGGUUUGUAUGUGCAAGAAGAAGGGGGGCUCAGAUAUUUUAUUAUAUACCAUUAGUAUCAGUAUUCCAUCUGAACACUUUCUAAACUACAUAUGUGUACUUGGUAAAUUCUUUUUUAAUUGCCAUUUGAUAUUUUUAUUUUGAUGAAAUACUUUAGAAGACAAUUUGUGUAAAUUGAUUUGUUAAAGUUUUGCUGUUGAACAGCCUAUCUUUCUCCUAUUAAAAUUCUAUUUAGCUAAUGAAGCAAA